AAGAAGAAGGCUGCAGCGAUGCCCGACUCCCCUGUAGAAGUGAAGACACAGCCACGGGCCACGCCCCCCAGUAUGCCGCCACCACCACCUGCCACAUCCCAAGGGGCCACACGACCCCCGUCCUUCACACCACACACACAUGGAGAGGACAGGCCUGCGACGCUGCUGCCCCCCGGCCGUCUUCAUGGCUGCUUAAAGUGGUCAAUGGUCUGUCUUUUGAUGAACGGUAGCAGCCACUCGCCAACAGCCAUCAGCAGUGCCCCGUCCACACCCAACGGCUUCAGCAAUGGCCCAGCCACCUCUUCCACGGCCUCCCUGUCCACGCAGCACCUGCCCCCGGCCUGUGGGGCGCGGCAGCUCUGUAAGCUGAAGCGUUUCCUCACCACGCUGCAGCAGUUCGGCAGCGACAUCUCCCCCGAAAUUGGGGAGCGCGUGCGCACGCUGGUGCUGGGCCUGGUGAACUCGACGCUGACAAUCGAGGAGUUUCACUGCAAGCUGCAGGAGGCUACCAACUUCCCACUGCGCCCGUUCGUCGUCCCCUUCCUGAAGGCAAACCUGCCCCUGCUGCAGCGGGAGCUCCUGCACUGUGCCCGUCUGGCCAAGCAGACCCCUGCCCAGUACCUGGCCCAACAUGAGCAGCUCCUGCUGGACGCCAAUGCUGCCUCCCCCACUGACUCUUCAGACCUCCUGCUGGAAGUGAAUGAGAAUGGCAAGAGGAGGACGCCUGACAGGACCAAAGAGAAUGGGUCGGACCGUGACCUGCUGCUCCCCGAGCACCUCAGCAAGCGGCCAUGCACUCUGAGCCCUGCCCCGCGCUUCAGCCCCAGCAAUGGGGUGCCCCACCCCACCCCACCCCCGCACUACCGUCUCGAGGACAUGGCUGUGGCCCACCACUUCCGUGACCCCUACCGCCCCCCUGACCUCCGGGAGCUGCGGGAGCGCCAUCGGCACCUUGCAGUGCCUGGGUCUCGGCAGGAGGAAGUGAUUGACCACAGGCUCACAGAGCGUGAGUGGGCCGAAGAGUGGAACCACCUCAACAACCUCCUGAACUGCAUCAUGGACAUGGUAGAGAAGACGCGCAGGUCACUCACCGUGCUGCGCCGGUGCCAGGAGGCUGACCGCGAGGAGCUCAACCACUGGGCCCGGCGCUGCAGCGACACCGAGGACGUGAAGAAGGGCCCUGGGUCUGCUGCCGUUCGGCCCCUUGGCAGCUCCACCGGCCCUGAGGGGUCUCAGCUAGAUGUCCCCAGGGAGUUCAUGCCAAGGACCCUCCCUGGCUACAUGCCUGAGGAUAUCUGGAGGAAGGCUGAGGAGGCAGUAAAUGAGGUGAAGCGCCAGGCCGUGUCUGAGCUACAGAGAGCUGUGUCGGACGCGGAGCGCAAAGCCCACGAGCUCAUCUCUACAGAGCGGGCCAAGAUGGAGCGGGCCCUGGCCGAGGCCAGGCGGCAGGCCUCGGAGGAUGCCCUGACGGUCAUCAACCAGCAGGAGGAUUCCAGUGAGAGCUGCUGGAACUGUGGGCGCAAGGCCAGCGAGACCUGCAGCGGCUGCAACGCGGCGCGCUACUGUGGGUCCUUUUGCCAGCACAAGGACUGGGAGAAGCACCACCACGUGUGCGGCCAGAGCCUGCAGGGCCCUGCAGCUGUGGUGGUCGACCCUGUGCCCAGUCAGCCUGAUGCCACCAGUAGCUUGGGCCCCUCCCUGCCUGUGGGUGCUACCAGCCCCAGCGAGGCUGGCUCUGCAGGGCCCUCCCGCCCUGGCUCCCCCGGCCCACUGGACACCGUGCCCCGCUGACCCCUCCCAGCCCCCAGCCUGCUGGACGCUAUACCCCAGCCAGC